AUGAGCUUCCAGGCAUCUUCCGAGCAGUUUGAGGAGUUGGAGAGCCCUAGCACUAUACUCACAGAGCUUUUAGGCAAUGAAGAUUUGUCCACGUGGGAUCCAAUAGGCUGGCCUCCGGUCGAUCUGCUGAUUGAGACAGAUCACAGCUCAGCCCUUGUUGAUACAGCCCUUCAAGACAUCAACCCCAAUUUGCUCGAUUGUGUUGAGACCAAUCACUUGUUUCAACCUACGCACUGCCUAGAAUACGAUGAGUAUGAAGCCAAUUUCAACCAUGCUGGGGAUAGGGUCCAGAGAUCGGCGAUAGAGACCGAGUCAUCCUGUAGCACUCAACAACAAUUCAUGGUAGAGGUUUCUGCUUCCAAUGAAGACCCAUCCGACAACCCCAACGUCGAUGCGAAUAUAUGGGCAGCUCCCCAUGGACCUACUCCGAUGGCUUAG